UCUCUCUCACUACACGGGAAUCAACAUGUUUUCAAUUCCCAUGCAAAAUUAUACUCUCCCGUAAAAAAAAAAAAAAAGGAGGAAAAUUUGAAAUCGCCAUUACAGAGCUCCAUCAAUGGUGGCCGGAAAAGUUCGAGUAACAAUGGGCUUCCACAAGUCCCCUUCCAACAAACGCAAGCAGCAACAGCAGCAGUCGGAUAUGACUCCUCCUCCUCCUCCUCCUCCUCCACCAUCUAGUGCCGCUGGAAAACCGACGAACCCAGGUUCCAAUCAGAAGGCAAUUUUCUCCCGUUCUUUCGGUGUUUACUUCCCACGCGCCUCCGCUCAGGUCCACGCCGCCACUCGGUCCUAUCAGCCGGACCACAGCGUCUCCGAGCUCCGGCGUCAGGUGGAGGAGCUCCGGGAGAGAGAAGUUUUCCUGCAGACGGAGCUUCUCGAGCUCAAGCUCCUGAGAGAAUCCGUCUCAGUGAUUCCGAUCCUGAAAUCUCAAAUCUCGGAGAAGAUCGCCGAGAUCGAGAGUGCGAGAAAGGCGACGGCGAGGUUGGAGGAGGAGAACUCAAAAUUGAGGCGAGAAAUCGAAGAAUCGAACGCGAGAAGCGAAGAACAGAGGAGAGAGAGUGAGAGGAGAGAAAAGGAGAUGGAAAUGGAGAUCGGAGAGCUCCGGAAAAUAAUGAUGGCGAGGGAGAGUGAGGAGCACCCGCUCUCGGCUUCGCAGAGGUUUCAAGGCUUAGUGGAUGCGUCGGCCAAAUCGAAUUUCAUGAAGAGCUUGAAACGGGUCGGGUCAUGGAGGAAUACACCCGACCCGAACCCGGAUGACAAUAACAAGCCGAAUUCCACCGGAGACGGCAGUUUUUACAUGAAAGAUGAAACAGAGAGUCGGAGACCGAGUCACUCUGAAGACCUCAACGAGUCCGACUCGUUACUCUCCGACGUCAAAGCUAGGGUUCCUCGCGUUCCGAAACCACCGCCGAAACGGUCAUUGUCGUACGACGGCCGAGAUGAUUCGACGGAGAACAGAGCCGCACCGGUUAGGCAGAAGACGGCUCCGGCUCCUCCGCCUCCACCGCCUCCUCCGGCGACUGUUUCCAAGCAUCAUCCUCCACCUCCGCCUCCUCCACCGCCGAAGAGCUUGUACACGGUGGCGGCGGAGAAAGUACGAAGAGUACCAGAGGUAGUGGAGUUCUACCACUCGCUGAUGCGUAGAGACUCCGCGAGCUCGAGGAGAGACUCCACUGGAAGCAACGGUGCGGGCGGGACAGAGGCAUUACCGGCGACGGCGGCGGCGAAUGCCCGCGACAUGAUCGGAGAGAUCGAGAAUCGAUCGGCUUAUCUCCUGGCGAUAAAAACCGAUGUCGAAACGCAAGGAGAUUUCAUAAGGUUCUUGAUCAAAGAAGUCGAAAACGCUGCGUUUUCAGACAUCGAAGACGUCGUCCCCUUCGUGAAAUGGCUGGACGACGAACUCUCUUACCUGGUGGAUGAGAGAGCGGUACUGAAACAAUUCGAUUGGCCUGAACAAAAAGCCGACGCAUUGCGUGAAGCAGCCUUCAGUUAUUUCGAUCUGAAGAAGCUCGAAUCGGAAGCUUCUCGAUUCCGAGACGACCCUCGUCAACCUUCGGCUCCUGCCCUUAAGAAAAUGCAGUCUCUCUUCGAAAAGUUAGAGCAUGGUGUUUAUAGUCUUUCCAGGAUGAGGGAAUCGGCGGCGGCAAAGUACAAGACUUUCCAGAUUCCGGUCGAUUGGAUGCUCGAAACCGGAAUCACUAGCCAGAUAAAAUUGGCGUCAGUGAAACUAGCAAAGAAUUACAUGAAGAGAGUAUCGGCGGAGCUAGAAGCCGUCGACGAGGAGGAGCUGAUUGUUCAAGGCGUCCGGUUCGCCUUCCGCGUUCACCAGUUCGCUGGAGGUUUCGACGUGGAAACUAUGAGAGCAUUCCAAGAGCUGAGGGACAAAGCCAGGUCUUGUAAUAACCACACGAGUCAUCAAGCAUGAACAUGUCUUCUUCUGCGUCGGCUUUUAGGAUCAGAUUAAUUUUUGGUAUUUGUAUUUUUCUUUCUACUGUGUGAAUAUAAAAGCUUUAGCAUUUUAUUUA